AAUAAAAUAAAAUAAAAAAGAUAAAACAAAGGAGAAGAGUAGGGGACCCACUUCCCUUUCACAAUGGUCUUGUGAAAAAAUUUCCCUUCCACAAUGUACAUAUUUGAGCAGUUCAUAGUUGCUUAUGGUGCGACCAAGUAGUACAGGAGGUUAAAACAGCCCACACACAUUUAAACCAAAAAACCUAAAUACCAAUCCAACCCAAACACCUCCGCCACCCCCACCGGCUUGGUGUUUAUGUAGUCUGAAGACUCUUUAGAGGGCCAAAACACACAGACAGAGAAGUAUACACAUACAUGGGGAUGUGCAUCCAAAUGAGCUCCUUCCUCACACGGUAAUCUCAUCUCCUUUCUCUAUAAUAGUUAGAAACAGUAGUGGCAAAUUCACAAGAUCAUAGAUGAAGCAUUCAUAAUACCUCUAUCCGGAACCGGAAAUACGAACCCUUAUUAGGGUUUUACGUUCAUCAUUUCUGGUGGGUCCAUUCUAGGGUUUCAUUUUCAUUCGAUUGAAACAGUAGGUUGGUGCCUCACAUUUUGAUCUACGUCUGCUUCAAUUCUGUUGAUUACUGGGUUAUUCAAUUUUCGUCAUGUGUAUUGAAGAUUUUUUGUUAUUUUGGUCAAAAACGUUGAUUUAGUCGGUGGGUAUGUUUCUUUUUGAGACAAGUACCAGAACAUGCUAUCUCUGCGCCUAAUUCGCAGAUUUGGUACCGCAACCCAGGUCGCCUCAGCCAUUGUAUCUGCUGAUAACAGCAUUGCUAGCACUGCCACUGCCACUACCACUACCUCUGGUGUUAUUCCGAAUCGCAUUCAAAAACCCACUACUUUAGAGGAACCUGCACUUAUUAAGCUAAAGGCUGAGAGAGACCCCGAAAAGCUGUUUCAGCUGUUCAAGGCUAAUGCCCACAAUAGGCUUGUCAUUGAAAACCGGUUUGCAUUUGAGGACACUGUUUCUCGAUUAGCUGGGGCACGUAGAUUUGAUUACAUAGAGAACCUACUAGAGCACCAAAAGACACUUCCGCAGGGUCGGCGUGAAGGCUUCAUUAUUCGGAUUAUAAUGUUGUAUGGGAAGGCUGGAAUGACUAAACAUGCUAUCGAUACUUUCUGUGAUAUGCACUUAAAUGGUUGCCGCAGGACCGUUAAAUCAUUUAAUGCUGCACUGAAGGUAUUGACACAAACCCGUGAUUUAGAAGAAAUUGAAUUGUUUAUCAGGGAGGUUCCAUCUAAGUUCGACAUUGAAUUAGAUAUAUUUUCAGUUAAUAUCCUUAUCAAGGCAUUUUGUGAAAUGGAUAUACUCGAUAAAGCUUAUUUGGUAAUGGUAGAGAUGGAGAAGGUGGGAAUAAAACCAGAUGUUUUUACGUAUACAACACUAAUAUCGGCAUUUUAUAAGAAAAAUCGAUGUGAGAUUGGUAAUGGAUUGUGGAACCUUAUGCUGCUUAGGGGCUGUUCACCCAACCUUGCAACCUUCAAUGCUAGGAUACAGUUCUUAGCGAACAAGGGAAGAGCAUGGCAUGCUAAUAGUUUAAUGCAAAUGAUGAAGAAUAAGCGUAUAACUCCUGACGAGGUUACAUAUAAUUUGGUGAUCAAAGCCUUUUGCCGCGGUGGUUUUCUUGAAAUGGCCCAAUGGGUUUAUUCAUCUUUACAUGAUAAAGGUUACAAGCCCAACAUCAAGAUUUAUCAGACCAUGAUUCAUUAUCUCUGUAAAGGAGGUGAGUUUGGUAUUGCAUAUACAAUGUGUAAAGACAGCAUGAAAAAAAAUUGGUUUACGAAUGUAGAUACUAUCCAUACGCUACUUGAAGGCUUGCAGAAGAAUGGGAAGCUUGCAGAGGCUAGGUUUAUAAUGACUUUGGCACGAAAAAGAAAACCUCCUUUUUCUGCAGAUCAAUUGGGUGCCUUGCAAUCCAUAUUGUCGGGGAAGUGAAAUAGAAUGCUAGAUCAAAAAGCAAGUGAAAUAGAAUGCUGGGUUGAAAAGCAAGGAUAGUGAAUUACUAACGUGGCAACUCAACGCGAGCUGCUAUUCUUUUUACUCAAAGCAUGUCCUCUUCUGCUCAGUAAAUUUGUUGUACUGUCUCAAUAAAGAUCCAGAUCAAAAGAAAGUUCUAAAUGGAUAGUACUCACCAAUGUUCUUAUUGGUGGAGCAGAACGGAAUGGUCAAUGGAAAGAAAGCAAAUUCUCUCUUGCUAAAUGUUAAUCAAUUGUUUUUGUGGUUGGACCAAUAUUUGUUGCGGACAAAGGAAUACCUUCAUACUCUUGCUAAACCAGGGUGCUGUUCAAUCUGGAUAAGAUGGGGCAUAUGAGUAAUAGCUCAGAUUUUCCUAUAACCCGAAGCUGGAAGAUGGCAUUUGUUUUGGGUUGCUGCUGAUGUUUUGUCAACUGCAAUUCACAAGGUAUGGUGACGGUAAUCAAUUUUACAUCUGAUUGAGGGACUGCAGCCUGAAGUAAUGCUAGAACUCCUGUGAAGUCGAAAACUUUUAGUGGAAAUGCAUUUGUUUUGGAAGCGUCAGCAUUGCAUGAGCUCUUCUCAAGUUUAGUACUUUGUACAAGAUUCUUCCAGAGUGAGGGACGGAAUCUGUUUACACAACAAAAUUUUGAAAUUCGCGGUAUUGAUUUGCUUGUUUAGAGAAAAACUGCUCCAGUUUUAAUCUCUCUUGAGCGUGUAUAAGAGACACCCUUGCCUUCAAGUGCAACUUUUUACCUUAACAGUGAUUUUACAUUGAUUGUAGAUUUUCCA